CUAAUUGUCCCAUCUCAUCGUCCCAUCUCAUUGUCUACUGCUAACGCAGAUAGCACGCCUUACAGAUCUUGACUUGGUUUUUUCAUUUGUUUUGUAUCGUGUGAGUAAAAUGACGCCGAUCGAGCGAACGGUCGUGUUUAUUGGUAGAACGGGUGCUGGAAAGUCGACGUGUGCCAACGCUCUUGCUAGCGCUAUUCUCUUUCCAGAAAGCGACCAAUCUGUGAGUGAAACAAAGUUCAUCGAAUCUCGAACCGUCAAUAUUGAUGGAGCAAAUAGUCGGUAUCGUGUCAAAAUAGUAGAUACAAUUGGGAUCGGUGAUACAGACCUUGAAGAAGACGAAGUACUCAAGCGUCUGGCUAGCGCUUGCUACGAAUGUCGCGAAGGAAUCAACGCCGUGUUUUUCGUCACUGGAGGAAGGUUUACUCAAGAAGAAGCAGACGCGUGGGAUGUCAUUUGGAAGGUGCUCUUUAGUCCCGCUAUCGUCGACCACACCACUAUCGUCCGCACUCGAUUUCCAAAGUUUUUAGAUCCCACUGCUGUAAAGAGCGAUUGUGAUAGGCUCAAAGCACAAAAAGUGGCGGGGAAAAAAAUAAUUGAACAAAUCAAAGAAAUCAUUCACGUCGACAAUCCACCGCAACAAUACCCUGGCUGGGAAGAAACGCGACAGAAAUCGCGUGCCACUUUGCUAACUCAUUUGGAUCACUGUGAAGCUGUUUACAAACCUCAAAAACUGGAUGAAAUAAACAAACGCAUAUCAGAACAUGUUGAGAAAAAGCAAGCUGCAGAGAUAAAAUUGCAAACGCUACUAGUAGAGUUCAGCCAAACGUGUGAGCAAUUAAACGAAACAAAAAAAAAACGGGACAAGUUGGAAGAAGCUAAAGUAAAAUCGUUGACACAAACAUGUGACGAUUUAGAAGAAAUUAAAGCGAAAAAAUUGACACAAAAAUGUGACAUGUUGGAAGAAACUGAAGUAGAAGCACCAACACGAAAACGUGACGAAUUAGAAGAGUUGACCCGGAUAUAUCGCGAAUUAGAAGUAGAUUACGCAAAGUUGGAACUGCAAAUGGCAGAAGAGAAACAGAAGGCUGCUGCCGCGGAGUUGCAACUAACACAGGAGAUGAACGAAAUUCUUACGAAAUGUACAAUGCCACGAACAAACACGCGUGAAGAAUCUAUGCUCGACAGAACCAUGGAAACUGCUGGACGUAUUGCGAAGGAUUUUCGUAGUUGCUGUCUUAUGUGAUGGCAAAACUUGGCACGCAUGACUUUGGUAGAUGUGCAUGCCUAUAAGCACGUGCAUGCAUGGCUGUUGUUUGUGUAAGGAAACAUAUGCUCUAGUUACAGUAUGUACUUUGUUGGACAAUGUAUUGUCUCAAUGUAUGCUUUCUAGAACGUCUUUUGCAAAAUAAAUUUUUCUAUAAUC